AUGGCCUGUCGUGGGAACUCGAAUACCGGUGUUGCAGAAGUUUCUGGCGUCAAGCUUCCGGGUCUCACCAUGGACACCGCUGUCCGAUAUCAUGACAUCUGUAUUUCGUACCUUCUAGAACUAUCCAAAGACCCCAACGAGCAAUACAACGAGGAUAUUAUCACCGCAGCAACUAUCUUACGUUUCUAUGAACAAAUUGACGCGCCAUCAAUUGGUAUCGACUCCGAGGCUUACCUAAAUACUGUUCAGUUCAUUGUCCAUAAUCAGCAUAAUGACUCCUUCUACUCCUACCAUACGAUCCAAGGUCCAUCCAGAGACCUCCAACUUCAUUCCACACCUUCAGCUUCGCUGCGACACUCUGCAUUCUUGAUUGCCAUGCGACAAGAAAUCUGGAGCGGUUUCCUUAAUCAACGAACUUUCCGCCUUCCAGUCUGCAGCUCAAAUGAUUAUACGGUAUUCGACUCAGCGAAUGACUUUAUAUGGACCAACAGGAUCCUAGUCUGGUGCGCUGACCUCCUCAAAUUCUGUUUCGGUGAAGGCAAGUCCCUAUCGCCAACAGUGAGAGCAACACGAUGGAAAGAGUUGAAGGAUUUUGACAAGAUGUGGGAAGCUCAUAAGCCUAUCGAUUUCAAACCUCUAUAUUUCGAAGAUGCCGAUCCUUCCUCUGGAAGAUUCUUCCCUGCUAUCUGGCAUCAAAACCCAUGCCAGGUCGUCGGGGCACAGCACAUAGAGCUAUCUCGAAUUCUGCUUGCAGUAUCAGACCCAAAUCUUUCUCGGCUUGGACUAGCUGCUCGUUCUGCAAAUAUGGCGCUGGAAGAGGAGCUUAGAUCCAUCGUGCGCCGACUUGUGGGUUUGGCGUUAUCAAAUCCGAAAUGUCCGGUUGUGUUCGUUGAUGCCGCUGUUGGGAUUUCUGUUUGUGGAGAGUAUUUGACAGACCCCGGGGAGCAAACGGCCGUCCUUGAGUUUCUGGCGGAUUUGGAGUUUCAUCACGCUUGGCCAACGUCUGCUACGUCUGCGGCUCUUAGAGAAGCAUGGCAAACAAGGCUCCAGCCAUAA